CUCGCUCUCUCUCUCUGUGUGCGCUGCUCUGCUCUGCUCUGCUCUGCCUGUGAUUCGAUUCGUUUCGUGGUGAUUAGAUCGCUAGCGCGUCCGUUCGUGUACUGUAACAUCGAUAGCUCUCACUGAUGGUGCGAUGGGGUGUGUGCGUGCGUGCGUGCGUGCGUGCGUCUGAGGUUGGAGGGUUACUCAUCGAUCUGGUAGCGAGCGUGUGUGCGUGCGUCUGAGGUUGAAGGGUUGCUCACCGAUCUGGUAGCGUGCGUGCGUUCGUUCGUUCGUUUGUUUUUUGGGACCCUUUUGGUUUCUGGGCGAUGGUUAGUUUUCUUCUCGUCUCGGGGUUUUGGUGAUUUUGCUGCUGCUAUGCUACUAUAGUCCAUGGUGAUCUCUGUUCGCGCUUCUUCCGUGCGGACGAGCACCGCGAGUCCAUGGUGAUCUCUGUUCGCGCUUCUUCCGUGCUUGCUUGGAACGUUCUCGACGAGUACGUCUUGCUCGCUCCUUGGUUCUAUCGCUUUGCACGUCGUUUUCGUGUAAUAGUACGUUCCGUGUCAGUUCAGUUCUAGUACUACUUGUAGCUAGUCAGCGCGGUGCAUUGCAUCUCUCUCUCUGCUCUGCUCUGUUCUUUCGUGUCUGCUCGCCAAUGGCUGCCUCGUUGUCUUUCUGAUCGGUGGUUUUCUUGGUGAAGGAGGAGGCUACCGAGCACACCCGACUCCAUGGGUCAUCUCGGUUUUGCCGGACUUGUUGUCGAUCGUUCGAUCGAUUGGUGAUUUUGUUCAUCCGGCAUAUAUUCUCUCUGUUUUUGUUUUCUGAUUCUGAUGAUAUGCGCAGUUGCGCACACGAGCGUGCGUCUCCUAUUUUCUGCUCUUCCGUGAUCAUGGCAUUACUAAUUGAUGCAUGUAAUGCAAUUGCAGGGCAUGGCAAGCACAAUGAAGAAGAAGGUGGAGUCCAAGCAUAACAAUAAGGACAUGAAGAUGGCGUUGAAGCAUGAUAUACCACUUGAGGUUCUGCAAGAAGGAAUCCCAACUGUUCUUCGUGGCGCGCCUGACAACGAGGUUCAGGCUGGGAGAGUCAUAAGAGUUUCUAGCGCCACCGGCUUGAAAGAGGCUCUUCAGCAGGCGGGGCCGGGAGCGCUUCUCAAGGUCUAUGUCGUCAGCUACAUACCUCCGUCCGCCGCGGCUCAGAUCCGUGAGAUGACCACCACUACAAGAGGAGGCAAGGAGGCUCAAGAGAAGAAGCCGUCCGCCAGCGCCACCAUUGCCAAGGCCCAGCCCCAGCCGCACGACCAAGAGACGGCCACCGCCCCGCCCCAGCCGACCAAGUCGUUGUCCGCGCCCUUCAAAUUCAAGGUCAAGCUCAGAUCGCACUCCAAGGCCCCGCCCCAGCCGAUCAAGAGAAGAAACCUACCACUGUCAAGUUCAAGGUUGAUAGUCCGAAUCCGAAUGCCUCCAUCGGCGAGGAGGAGGAGAAGGGCAACAUCGCCGGUUUCAUCAUUGCCAAUAUUCACGUUCUUGAAGCUAAAGAGAUGGCUAUGGUGGCCAUGGAAGGCGACAUGUCCGUCCUUGAAGAGCUCCAGAAGAGAAUCUCAUCCUCUCCAGAUCUCAGCCCGCAUGAUGUGCAAGUGCAACUACCAACAACCGCUAACAAUCUUGGAACCGAUAAAGGGAAAAACAUUCUGUUCUCUCUGAAGAAACGAUAUCUGUUAGCUCAUCUGCAAGCAGGCCACAGCAGGAUGGCCACAAACAUCCUUAAAUACGUGGAUCUUGCCCAGUACAAUUCUUUCAUAGAAGAAGCCGACCCUGAAAAGGCGUCAAAAGCUAUGGCUGUCAAAGCUCAAUAUGAAUUAGAAUAUCCUGGAAAGCACAGCCCAGGAUGGAUGGCUAAGCAAGUGUUGGGUGUUGCAGCCCAUAUGUAUUGGGAGAAAAAGAAGGCCAAGAUAAUGGGCGAGGAUGGCUUAUGGGCUGGUGACAAAACGACUGUUCUGACCAGGCUGAAGAAGCAAGAGCAAAAAGAUGGGAAGACUCGCCAACAAGAGGUCGCUCAUAGGCGCCGCCCUAGCAGACUUCCGUGCAGUCUGAAGAGCCUGCCCGAAGGGCGAGAGGGGCCAACCCAGUUAAGUCUGUCCAGAAGCAAAGAGGAGUGGGCUAGAGGCCAACCAGUCUAGCUAGAAGAAUAGAAGAGUGGGCGAGAGGGGCCAACCGGUCAACCAGAAGCAAAGAGGAGUCGUGUUGACGUCCCGCGCCAUUACAUCAGUAGAGUAGGAGUAGGAGUAUGUACUGUUUGCAGUAGUACUGUUGCCUCUUACUUGUGUCAGCUUUUUUCUUUCUUUCGACUGAUGUUUUGCUUCAAGUUACUAAGUUUGUCAGAUUUCUGCUUCUGCUUACCGUCCGUAAUUUCUUUCUUAUGUUUGCUUUGCGUUGUGCCAUGUGCAAUUUGGUACUACUAUUUCACACAGUUUUCUACUA